GCGAUGUCUUUGCCUUAUUGUGAGCUGUCACGUCUCGUUAGCUGGUUAGCAGCGGUGGCUAGCUAGUGUUGCUCCAGACACACAGGAUUGACAUGAUUCCGUGCUGUCAGUCCGACGGUGUGUGUAAAGUUACUAAACAUGCGAGGGAUUGUGCGCGAUAAUCUUAUUCUCGUCGUCAGGCAUUGUUUUCUGGUGUGACUGCAGACAGACAGGGCUGUGUCUGUUAUUGCGUUAAUUAGACUCAUUGACAGCUCUGUGAAUUCAUGAGAUUUGCCUGUUGCAGCUGUGAAUGUUUUCAAGGAGGUCUUACAUUUCUGAAGGCCUGUUUGUUAUUAUUAUGUAUAUCAUAAAGCGGAUAUAAAAUAAUAAGAGUCCAUAUUUAUUAUUUUUAUGAGUCCAUAUGUAUUCAUGGUUUGAAAAAGAAAGCAGUAUGUUGUUUGUCACCUCACAGUAUAAUAUCAUCAGCACCUGCUAUUUAUGAUAUCUGAAUGUGUUUGAACUGCACCCAUUUGUGAUCCAUUUUAACCAUGAAAUAAUUAAAUUAUGAUAUCAGAGGUCUGAAGUCCUUCAGAAGGAGUUUUUGUCUUGUCCCAAAGUGUAUUAUAAUGCAAAAACAAAAUAUUAUUAAUUUAAAUAGUUGUGGAUUAACAAGAAGACUUGGCUUUGACAAUCAUCUUUGGCAUUUUUAAAUAUCUUGCCUGUUUUAAAACAAUGUAUGAUGUAUAGUUUAUGUGUAUAUCAUAAAAAGGUAAUAUUAGUCAACUUUUCGAAUCCAUUAAACAAAUUAAUUUAUUCCCAUUUACGCUGUGCACUACAGAUCAUUUAAUGUUUUAUGAAAAAAAAUACAUUUACCACAACCUUACCACAUCAUAUAGAUCAGUGUGUGUGAGAAUCUUAAUUAAUAUCAAAGAUUUUGGGGGUAAAUUUGAUUUAUAGAUUUAAAUGUAAAGCUGCACAGCAUAAAGUUAAAAAUCUUUGAAACUGGUUCAUCAAAUGCAGGUCAGAUUUGACCGCAAUAUGUGUUGUGUUGCAUUUAAAGCCUAUUUCCAAUACCAACGCAAUAAUAUGUGGAAAUUUCUGAGUAAUAGCAAAUCAUAACAACCCCUACAUUUGGCUUAGUAUCAUCAUUGCUUUAGAUGGCAGCCUGCGUUCUGAUAGGUCACAGGAUAAAGGGAGGGAAGUUUCUUGCAGGCUACGCUUUUCAUUUAAGACAAGAAUUCUAUAGAAUGGACACUCAAUUCGGCUGUUGAGUUAGAAAUGAGAUCUUGACCAGUGUGCAUAUCAAUUAUUCAGCUAGUCAAACCGUGCAACCACGCAGGAAAGGGAGAAAUAACAACUGCAGUAAACCAGCAACUGGUGUGAUGAUGAAUGCUGACGAUUGCAAUGGCCGUUCGUAUAUGUCAGGUAGUGGAGAUUCUUCAACAGAGCGGGAGUUUUUUGCAGGGCUGAGAGGACCCUCCGUGAGCACACCAAACAGUCAACAGUCCUCACCCAGCCGCUCACUCAGUGCUAACUCCAUCAAGGUGGAGCUCUACAGUGACGAGGAGGCAGGUGGUGCUCCACUGGCGGAAAGGAGAGUCGGGGAGAAGAAUGAAGGAUGGAAAGAUGAAAAGGGCGAGUUGGCAGAAGAUGGUGGAGUGGAGAUGGUCGGAGGUACACAAGGGCAGGCUGGGAGCGGCUGCGGAGAGAUGGCCAGCUCUGAGCCCGCAUCUCCCGGUCCCAUUCGGCUGCCCAAUGGGAAACUUAAAUGUGAUAUAUGUGGGAUGAUUUGCAUUGGACCCAAUGUUCUAAUGGUGCACAAACGCAGCCAUACAGUCUUGGUCUCGGUAGGUGAGCGGCCAUUCCAAUGUAACCAGUGUGGGGCCUCCUUCACUCAGAAGGGCAACUUGCUGCGUCAUAUCAAGCUCCACUCUGGAGAAAAGCCCUUCAAAUGUCCCUUUUGUAACUACGCUUGUCGCCGCCGUGACGCCCUGACAGGACACCUCCGCACCCACUCCGUGUCCUCCCCUACAGUAGGGAAGCCCUACAAGUGCAGUUACUGUGGCCGCAGCUACAAGCAGCAGAGCACCCUGGAGGAGCAUCGUGAGCGCUGCCACAGCUACCUACAGAGUCUGGACCACCAGCCUGCUCAUAACACCCAGCCUGCGCAUGGUGAAGAGUCCCAUAAUGUGGAGAUGAUGUCUGAACCCCUGAUCCAGUCCUCCUCGGAGAAGAUGUCCUUCAUUGAUCGGCUGGCCAAUAGCAUCACCAAGAGGAAGAGAUCUACACCCCAGAAGUUUCUGGGUGAAAAGCACAUGCGACUGAAUAUAUCCGAAGCACCUUACGAACUCGACCCCAAUCCUGAUAAAGAAGGGGACAUGUUGCUCUCGCACCCCGACGGUGACCCCGCUGCUUUAGCCGGCAUGGGAGGGCGUUUCCUGCGGGGGCCGAGAGGAGGCAGCAACGAUGUGGAUCCUUCCCGCUCCCUGCGGAUGCCCCCCCACUCCGCCUGCAUCUCAGAGUUCACCCCCGUCAUCAGCUCCGUCUACCCUCAUAUAACCCCUCUAGGGCAGCGUCUAAACUGUGCGGGGGGCAUCUCCAUGGGCCUGGCCGGGAGGGAGGCCGGCGAGGGUCACGAAGAUGCACCCUCCACCCGCAGCCGCGCCGCCUCGCCCAGCAACGGUUACCAAGAUUCAACAGACACUGAGAGCAUGGCGGAGGAGCAGUGCGUCAUCACCUCGGUGCCACCGGGAAACUUGAACCACCGCGGGCGCGAGCGGCACAGUCCUAGUCACGCCAAAGAAACGGACAUGGAGGGGGACAGGGAGAAAGGGAUCCCUGGGGGUUUACCGACCAAGGCGAGCCCACGCUCGCCGCUGACGAGGGAGGCCAUGCAGGUGGUGGACGGGGAAGGGCGGCCGGUGCGCUCCUUCCGCUGCGAGCACUGUCGCAUUUUCUUCCUGGACCAUGUCAUGUUUACCAUCCACAUGGGCUGCCACGGCUUCCGCCAGCCCUUCGAGUGCAACAUCUGCGGCCACCGCAGCCAGGACCGCUACGAGUUCUCCUCGCACAUUGUCCGCGGGGAGCACCAGGUGGGCUGAGGCGGGCUUGUGGAUGGCGGAGGUUGAGACUGGGGGGAGAUGUACAGAGAGUUUGUAUGCUGCUUUGAGAUGGCGUCAUGGCGUCUAGUUCGGUCUGCACCAGAUUGGGGCACAUUAGCACUUGCUUUUAAAUUUAUCAGAUUUUCCGUCGAAGGCUAAUCGCUUAGGUACGAGCAUAAAACGUGCAAUUACAUCCCGUGUUAAGAGGAUGUCAGGAGCAUUCAAACGGGGGACAAGUCAUAUCCUCCGAUUGCACUCCCACACCAAGUCAUUCAUUGCAAGACGCAGCUGUUUUGCUUUAGAAGUGCCUUCCUUCGGUGGGGUUUAUUUUUAUCAGUUGGGAAGAGAAAUUGGAAAUGUGUGAUUAGGUCUAUACCCAUCUGUUUGGUGGCGUUUACAUAGAGUCUGCCUCUUGAGGAGAGAAAGACAUCGAAUUGCUUAGUCUGGAUUGUUUUAUCCAGAGUGGUUUUCCAAAGUUUCUGAGCCUGUUAAACAAGAAAUCUAUGCCUAGGAGUAUUCACACAAACUUUGUGCUCUUUUAGGAUACCUCGGUGGGACUGUUGAAAUUAGGCGACUCAGGGAGGACACUGCUGAGAGAGGGAAUGGAGAGCAAGCAGGGUGAAUUGCAAAACUGAGGCUGGAGUAUUGGUAUGUUAGCCAUAUAAGGAGCACAGACACAUAUUGCCUUAAUCGUUGCUUUAUAUGAACCCUGUACGAGCUAGUUUUUGAAUUGCACAUGGUUUUUAAUGCUGGACGAUUCCGUAGGUACAAUGCAGCCUGAAUUCGGGUAACUUCGAAACAAAGAUACGGCACUCUUGGGUUAGGCUAAGGCUCGGAUAAUUUUAUUUCUUUCUAAAAAUGUAUGUUAAUGUUUUAUUUAAGAAAGGAAAUGAACUUGAAACAUUUGCCUUAGUUUUUGAGUCUACAACCUCUGUCCUGAAGAAAAAAAAAAAAAAAAAACAGUUGGUUUCCUUGUGCCUCAGAUCUUGAUUGUCGUUUCAAACUUUAUCUCGACCUCACCUAAGUGGCGAUAAAGAUUUUGCCUAUCAAAUCUAUUGAGGUUUUUUUAAAAUAGUUUUUGUAGUACGAAUUCCCGCCAUCCAUCCUCUGCCAUGCUGCGAACACAGUGAGCCACAUUAUGUUUUUUAGAUGCGGUAAGACAUGCGGAGGGGGGGAGAGGAGCCUUAAUGUUCUGGUGCAGACCAAACACAGACCCAUGUUGCAUUCCGUGAAUUUGAUGAGGAGUGAAGGGGAAGGGUUGUUACCUCAAAAGGAGGAUUGCACUUUUUCUAAUUCUGCUUAAAUGUGAGUGUUUUUGCUGGGGCUGUUGGGAGGGUUUCGGACAGGCGGGGCGGGACGGGGCGGGAGGGGGAUUUUAUUCAAAGGCUUUAGGGGAGCAGACAGUAAUGACUGGUAACUGAGCUUUGAAACAUAUUCUUUUGUUUUCUGAAAUUGCUCUAUUGCACUGAUUUCUGAUAAAAAUGCUAUUUAGAGAAAACAAGAAACAAUUUGAUACGAGAACACGUUGGUUACAAAGACCAGAUGAACAGUGUGGUGUUUUUAAAAACAAUUCUAUAAAGGCUAUUUUCCUAAUAAUAAAAGGGGUCGCGGUCAUUUAAGGAUUCAGAACUGAACAUUUUCUCCUUGUGUUGUAAAAUUUGGUGCUUGGAUGUUUGUGUGACUUCUGCCCUUGAUAUUGGACUUGUAUCCUGUACGCUUGUCCUGUGUGGUCAUGUCCCAUGUGAGUUCAUGCAUACGGUACUCUCGCUCCCCACUGAGUACAAACUGCUGCUUGAUUUUGAAGGAAAGGACUGAAAUAUUGUUGUAGAGUUACGUACCGUCCUGCCAAGAUAUAUCAUGGCCUGUUUUAUCAGCGGAUCUCACUUGCACAAACUGAAACGAAACUAAAGCACCAAUGAGAGAAGAAUUUUGAAGAAUCUCAAAGAGUUGUUUUGUUCGAUUGCUUGUACAUCUUUACGUGACGUGGGCUGUGGUUAAGGGUACUUGGAUGUUGUAGCAUGUGUGUAUCACUUGACCUUGGAGGUGGUCAGCUGUUUCCAAAACUUGCUUACGUGUAAUCCAGACCCUACAUCUUUUCGGUUACUUUUACAAGAUUUGUAGGCCUCUUAAUACGUAUGCUUGGAUUCACUCCAGUGCAAGCCUACGGAGUACAGUAUGAAUGGAUAGAAGAAGUAAGACCAAAUCCAGUAUUUACAAAGGUUAGUCAGUGACUUUGCACCCUUCAUAGAUUUUUUUUUCUGCAGACAUAGAUUUAUUUACUUGAAAUUAUGGCAAAAACCAUAUAUGACACUUAAUGCACUUAUCGGUCAAAAAGAAAUUAUGUAAUGAAUUCUACCGAGCGUGUGAAUGGGAGAGUUUGCAUGUGUACUCGUUUGUUUGCUGGGGUUCUGCAACUGUUCUGCUUGUGAAAUACUAGCUGCAAUUUUCCCUAUUUCCUCUAAACCAAACCCAGCUCUUUUCUGCACCAUUUCAUACUUCUUAUCCCCAAGGUGUGAUGAACUCAAUAUUUUUAAACGAACUGUGAAGCAACCAUAACGAGCAGCAACUGAGAAAGAGAGACCUAGCAUUUUUGGGGAGGCAGGGAUCAAACUCUCUGUCAUUCUUGGGCUUUAUCCCUGGGUUCAAUGUUUUUAAAUAUUUUGUGAGAAAAAAAAAAUGUAUAUGACAAAGAAAAACUCUUUACCUCAAAUUUGUUAAAAUAUAAAAAACUGCCUCAUGUUCUAUAAAAAGGUGUGUUGGUUUCAAGAGGUAUUGUUUAUUUGAUCUUGUUUUUAAGGAGUGUAACCCAACUUUAAGUUGAAGUAAUUUUUCAUGUCCAAUAAAGUAAUAUUUGUUGUAA